AUGAUUGAAAUGGAGCAAUAUGUUUUGGCAGGUGAUUGUCCCAUUAAACUUCAGCCUGUUAAGUUAGCUGUGGAGUUUGGGGCUUCAGCCUCAGCUAACUGUUCCACAACCAUCAACCACCAUGGCAUGGGCUGGGAGGCAUCGGAGGGAGCAGUAGACAUGGUGGACGAUGUCCAGUUCAUCACCUGGAGGGUAGAGAGCCUCACACACUGGGACAUAAAACCAUUUUGCUACAUCAACGCAAACGAGCAGUGCGAACUCACUCUCCAAGUUACUGUUUACAAGCCUCCAGACCGGGUUUCCAUCAGCACUGUGCGUCACACAGGGCCGAUGAUUGAAGGCAGCCAGUACGAGCUCCAGUGUGAUGUUCAGAAUGUUGCUCCUGUUCAUCUCCUCACUGUGAACUGGUACAAAGGACAACAUCUAGUGAAAAGUGUAGAAUCUGAUCACCAUUCCUCCAUAACCCCAGUAAACUAUUCUAAUACACUCUGGAUCUCCACAAGCAAAGAUGAUGAUGGAGUUCAGUACAGAUGUGAGGCAGAACUGAAACUGGGACCAGAAGGACCUCAAUCUCCUCCUGUAGUGACAUCAGAUCCUCUCAACAUUACAGUGCACUGUGAUUGUCCCAUUAAACUUCAGCCUGUUAAGUUAGCUGUGGAGUUUGGGGCUUCAGCCUCAGCUAACUGUUCCACAACCAUCAACCACCAUGGCAUGGGCUGGGAGGCAUCGGAGGGAGCAGUAGACAUGGUGGACGAUGUCCAGUUCAUCACCUGGAGGGUAGAGAGCCUCACACACUGGGACAUAGAACCAAUUUGCUACAUCAACACAAACGAGCAGUGCUAUCUCAGUCUCCCAGUUACUGUUUACAAGCGUCCAGACCGGGUGUCUAUCAGCACUGUGGGUCACACAGGACCGAUGAUUGAAGGCAGCCAGUACGAGCUCCAGUGUGAUGUUCAGAAUGUUGCUCCUGUUCAUCUCCUCACUGUGAACUGGUACAAAGGACAAAGUCUAGUGAAAAGUGUAGAAUCUGAUCACCAUUCCUCCAUAACCCCAGUAAACUAUUCUAAUACACUCUGGAUCUCCACAAGCAAAGAUGAUGAUGGAGUUCAGUACAGAUGUGAGGCAGAACUGAAACUGGGACCAGAAGGACCUCAACCUCGUCCUGUAGUGACAUCAGAUCCUCUCAACAUUACAGUGCACUUUUACUUGCCAUUCAGCUUCAGUUCAACUCAGUAA